CGUCAGCGCGUUAUUUGAACUAGGCGUUAUACGGUGGUAGUCAAAAUGUUGGAUGGUGUGAGCAAUAUGAUUGCUGAGUUGUAUUCGUAUCUUACGGAUGUCCAGAUUUCCUUCAUAAAAUACGCUCUGACUGCCCUUCUCUUGACGUCUACUUCUUUCUACUUGUUAAGAAGAAGUCUCGGUAAAGAGUCAGUCACUGUCAACACGAAGAAAUCGAAAACACGCGUGAAGAAAAGCAAGAGUAAAUCUUCGGAUGGUAGGACAUCAUCAUCGGAUGGUGAUCACUCGGAAGUUAAAAAACCUGUGGUCCUGCCACGUAACCCUGCUGUUGUAAAUACACAAAAAACUCGUAUUCCUGUUAGUACUUUCAAUGAAGCAUUACCUGUAUUACCAAGUCCUGAAAAAGAUGUUCCUGAAAGCGAAGACAAGAGCGAUAAUUGGGUUACUGUAAGGAAAGGAAAAAAGAUUUCAGAUCAUCAUCCAAAAUAUACAGAAACUACUAAAGAAACAAAAGCAGUCAUAUCCGACGUCGUCAUAUCGAAAGGCAAGAGUAGUGAAAAGCGCCAGUUUUCGAGUGCAGAAACUAACCUUGAGUCUGUUACUCUGAGAGCGUCAAAACUAUUGCCACCCGUUCCACAAAUUCCGGCUUAUAAGUCAGCUGGUUCUGAAUCUGACGGCGAUUGGCAUGAGGUUCGACUCUCAAGGAAGGGGCGUAAGUCAGCCAGACAAUAAUAUCCCUCAACAAAGUGUACAUAUCCCCUGUGAUUUCUACAAGUGCCUACUCUACUGUUUUCCUAUUUUUCAUUCCAUCGUCCCUAUGCCGAUUACACUGCACAAGUUCGACAUUUAGUAUAUUGUGUCACUUCCGAUUUGACGACUGUCAACUACCAUAAUUGAGAUUUGGUCUACAGUUUCACUUUCCUUUUCGUCUUUUACUGCUCAUUAUUUUGUUAUAUGAUUCCUGUAUUCAGCAUUAUCACUUUUUGACAUGUAAUAACCCUAUUCACAAUGCCUAUCUGGUGAAUAGUAAUAAUUUGGUCCACUUUUGAUAAAUAAAAUUUUGUUGUUAUCAA